AUGGGCUCCGUCGUCAUCCCCCAUCUCGUCACCGGCUGGCACGUCGACCAAGCCAUCAUGUCGGAAGAAGACCGCCUGGUCGUGAUCCGCUUCGGCCGCGACUGGGACCCCGACUGCAUGCGCCAGGACGAAGUGCUCUACAAAAUCGCCGACCGCGUCAAGAACUUCGCCGUCAUCUACGUCUGCGAUCUCGACCAGGUACCCGACUUCAAGCAGAUGUACGAGCUUUACGACACCGUCACCCUCAUGUUCUUCUUCCGCAACAAGCACAUGAUGUGCGACUUCGGCACCGGCAACAACAACAAGCUCAACUGGGUGCUGGAGGAUAAGCAGGAGCUGAUCGACAUAAUUGAGACGAUCUACAAGGGUGCGAAGAAGGGGAGGGGUUUGGUGGUCAGCCCGAAGGACUAUUCGACGAGGUAUCGGUACUAG